UCUCUCGCGCGUGCGUCGUCUUGUUGGCGGAGUGACGUCAUCAGGACGCGCCCCGGCAGUUGUGUUGAUGGUUGCGGAGUGACGUGUUCGUGUCAUGCAGUGAUGGCCGGGUGGCUGUGCGCUUGUGGGCUGUUCCGCAUGCUGACGUCCCUCUUCAUUCCUGCGCUUAUUGCCAGCGUCACCGUCUCUCUCCUGUUGUUCGUUGUUCUCCUUGGCAUCCGUUUGUGGAUCGGGCAGAAGAAAAAAGCAUCUGUUCAUCUUGGCAAAGAUGGCAAAGAGCAGAAAGUGGUGGCUUUCUUUCACCCGUACUGCAAUGCAGGGGGUGGAGGAGAAAGGGUGCUGUGGUGUGCGCUGCGCGCUCUGCAGAUAAGGUACAAAGAUGCCAAAUACGUUGUUUACACUGGGGACAAGGAUGUGUCGGGAGAAGAGAUCCUGAAUGGUGCAGUUGGCAGAUUUAAUAUAAAGUUAUCUUAUCCUGUAGAGUUUGUCUUUCUGAAGAAACGUUACCUGGUAGAGGAGCGGCUUUAUCCCCAUUUCACCCUGCUGGGACAGAGUUUGGGUUCUAUUCUUUUAGGCUGGGAGGCUCUGGUAAAAUGCGUACCUGAUAUAUAUAUUGAUUCCAUGGGCUAUGCAUUUACAUUACCUUUAUUCAAAUACCUGGGGGGCUGUGGUGUGGGCUGCUAUGUGCACUAUCCCACUAUCAGUACAGACAUGCUGUCUGUUGUCCGGGACCAUGACACUAGAUUCAACAACGCUGCCUUUAUCUCUACCAACCCUGUCCUGAGCAGACUGAAGCUGAUUUACUAUGUCCUGUUUGCCCUUAUAUACGGCUGGGUAGGAUCGUGCAGUGAUAUAGUAAUGGUUAACUCCACGUGGACUUUUAACCAUGUCUUGGAAUUGUGGAAAUGCAGUGAUUGCAUCAGUAUUGUUUAUCCACCUUGUGAUGUCCAAACCUUUCUAAGUAUUGAGCUGGAACCCAAGAAAGAGAGAGCAGAACAUUCUGUGGUGUCCAUAGGCCAGUUCAGGCCAGAGAAAGACCACAAACUGCAGAUCCGCGCAUUUAGUACUUUACUGGCAAAGAAGACGCCGGAGGAAAGAGCAAAUCUGAAACUCAUCCUUAUUGGGGGUUGUCGCAACAAACAAGAUGAGCUCCGGGUCACAGACCUGAAGAAGCUCAGUACAGACUUAGGAGUUCCGGUGGAGUUUAAAGUGAAUAUUCCUUUUGAAGAGCUAAAGAAGCAUCUGAGUGAAGCCACCAUCGGGCUACAUACAAUGUGGAAUGAGCACUUUGGAAUUGGAGUGGUCGAGUGUAUGGCAGCAGGAACAGUCAUUUUGGCUCAUAACUCUGGAGGUCCCAAACUGGACAUUGUGGUGCCGUAUGAAGGACAUGAGACAGGCUUUCUGGCAGAUAGCGAGGAGAGCUAUGCUUCUGCUAUGGACCGCAUCCUGGCCAUGUCCGAAGACCAAAGACUACAGAUCAGGCAGAAUGCACGACGCUCGGUUUCUAGAUUUUCGGACCAGGAGUUUGAAGUCAGUUUCAUUGCCGCUACUGAACAACUGUUUACAUAAGACAGGGCCUGCGGGAAGGGGGAUGUGUGUGUAUAUAGGGGAAACUAUUUUUAUAUUGCACCAAUAAUGUACAUUAAAUGUGAUUAAAUCUG